AUGUUUGCCGGUGCCCAGCACCCGGCCUUUCCUCAGGGCAUGGUCAUGCAGCCCGCCCACGCCGCCCACAUGCAACACCGCCCCCAGGGCCCCGUCCAGCCCGAGACCCAGGCACACAGAAAGCUUCGCAUCGAGCACGAGAAGCAGGAACCCAUACGCGAGUUUAAGAAGAAGACCAGGGAGGCCGCCUUGGUUCGGUUUUGGCUAAAGCACAGAGGGCGCAGGUUUGGAACACUUAUCCGGUACGACUGCCGCAAGAAGCUUGCGGAUGCACAGCCCCGGGUAAAGGGACGGAUCAAGGACGAAGAUGAUAUGGAGCCGCCCCAGGUCGUCCCAGGUAAAUCGGUGAUAGCAUCUCUCGAGGGUGGUUUUUUUGUCGCUUCUUGA